AACAGUCUACGAUGAAUGCCUCCGUUUAGGUACGCUGUGUCGACUCCGGAUGAGCCGGAAACGGGGCUUCCCAAGCUCAGAAUCACUGCCCCCGCUCGGUGAAAUCCCCUGGAGCAGGCAGCCGUGAGAAGAUGCUCCGGACCCUAUCCGCAUAAAAACUACGCGUGUCCCGGCGUCUCUCCUCUUACUCCAGCUGCGCAAUUUCAAUCGCCCUCGGACAUUGCCGCAAUUGCUUUCUAGAGCCAGAGAAGCCUAGAGACGGACCAGCGAAGAACCCACGGACAGGCGAGGGGAAUAAGGCCUUCCCGAACGAGCUCUGCCAUACAAAUGCUGCGCAGGCAUCAUCUUCCUCUUUGCCUCCACCUGCUCUUCUCCCAACUCGGAGACCUCGGAAAUCUCUCUUCACCGGGUAGAAGUGACGGGAAGCGCGCCAGAGAAUUGUUCUCGGACAGGCAGCUCCAGAGCGCGAGAAUGCGUUCCCCCAUACAAAUUUCUGCGUACGCAGCCUCCCAGUCUAUGCCUCCGGCUGUCCAUCCUUUUUCUCCCUCGGAGUGCUCGGGAAUCAUUCCUCAGGAGCCACCAAUGCCGGGAAACGCGCGCAAGAAAAAAGUCUACGCACGCAUAGCGAGCAGUAUACGAGACACUUACCGCCAUACAAAUAUCCGCCUGUUCGUUUUGCCAGUCAUUCCUCCGCCGCCCAGCGUAUUCAUGAAUGGCGCAUACUUUGGGAUUUUGAUUCUACCAUCCCAAACGUCAUCAGGGCCAAGCGAGAAAAUCUCAUAGAUAACGCAGGGGGAAUGCGGCUUCGGAAAGCGUUCUCAUACAAACUUGCAG